AAAGGUGUAUUUUAAAAAAAAUAUCUUGAAGCCUGUCAUGUGGAUAACAGCAUUGUUGUGGAGAAUUGAGACUCAGCUCUGAAAUACAUGCAUGUUUCCACUCAGUAAGUCAAGAAUGCUACAGCUAACAGCAGGAGUGGGGAGAGUUUCACUAGGGAAAGUGUGUUAAUUAUUCACAUAACUCGGUCAUAUUCACUGCUGCACUCCCUGUGUUGUCAUAUCAGUUGUUAGAAAUGAAGUAAAGCAAGGAAAGUGCUGUCCUAGGGCAGUUGCGUGCAUUACUUGGAGCUGAAUAGAUCUAAAUGGUUAAAAAGGGGUUCUCUGCUAGAGAGGAGGAGGGGAGAGUAAGAGUGCAUUCCCAAAAAAGUACAUUCCCAAAAUAAAAAGCUUACAUCAUGGACCUCUUCAGCUUUCCCACACUUCUUUCCUAAUUAUUGUCCUACAGGACAGCUGAUCUAUUUCAAACAGGAAGCUGUUUACAGAUAACACUUGCAACUGUGUUGUCUGAUUUGUUGAACUGUCGAAAAGCAAAAGACAACCUCUUUUCAAAUUAAAAACUGUCAGACUUCUGUAAACAGCAGCAAUGAGGUUCAUCUGUGCAGUGUCCCUGCAGGCACAGAGUGUUCUGCAGUUCCCAUUUUCUCAGCAACCAUAAGGAGUCAGUGACCUGUAAGUGCUCAUUAUGAAGAGAGAUCUGGUUUUCUUGGUGACUCUAAUUAGCCUUGCCUUCCUGUCACUGCUAAGGUCUGGAUAUCCUCAACAUAUUGCAGAGGAGUCCUGCUCUGUUCAAAUCCUUGUCCCAGGCCUCAAAGGGGAGGCUGGAGAAAAGGGGGAAAAAGGUGCUCCAGGUCGUCCAGGCAGGGUUGGGCCUCCAGGAGAAAAAGGAGAAAUGGGGGACAAAGGACAGAAAGGCAGCAUGGGACGGCAUGGAAAAAUUGGUCCUAUUGGUUCAAAAGGUGAAAAAGGAGAUAAUGGUGACAUAGGACCACCGGGUCCUAAUGGUGACCCAGGCAUCCCUUGUGAGUGUAGCCAGCUAAGGAAGGCUAUUGGUGAAAUGGAUAUCCAAGUGGCCCAGCUGACAACGGAAUUAAAAUUCAUAAAAAAUGCACUGCCCUCCCCCGCAGCUGUUGCUGGUGUGCGUGAGACAGAUAAUAAGAUAUAUCUGCUGGUGAAGGAAGAGAAGAGAUACAAGGAAGCCCAGCUCUACUGCCACGGAAGAGGAGGGACGCUGAGCAUGCCCAAGGAUGAGAAUGCCAACAAUCUGAUUGCCUCAUACAUCAACCAAGCCGGGCUCACCAGAGUUUUCAUUGGGAUUAACGACCUAGAGAAGGAGGGAAAUUUUGUCUAUUCUGACCGAUCGCCUAUGCAGACCUUCAACAAGUGGCGCAGCGGGGAGCCCAACAAUGCUUAUGAUGAGGAGGACUGUGUGGAGAUGGUGGCGUCUGGAGGGUGGAAUGAUGUUGCAUGUCACAUUACCAUGUAUUUUGUGUGUGAAUUUGACAAAGAAAAUGUGUAAGCUUGUCUGGUCUUUAUUUUAAGAAAUGUUUUCAAGCAGGUUGUACAAGUUAGCCCAUGUUUAUAGAGUACAAGUGAGAUUUUACAUGUAUGUGACAUCAGUGUUGUACAGCUGUAAAUACAAUUUAGGUAUUUCAAAUAUCGGUAUUUACCCUUCAGAAGGGAAGAGCACUGAUAAGUAAGACUUUUUUUUUUUUUUUUUUUUUUUUUUAGGAAAAUGUAACUAUUUAGAUUAAAAAAGAAAAAGUGGUUUGGGGCUAAAUUCUGACCUCACAACAGUUAUCACAUGUCAUGGCAUGACUGUAAGGGAAGGCAGAAUUUGGCCUCUAGUUUUUAGACUGAUCAUUUCUGAAGAAGUAGAUUCUUGAUAUUCUUUUAUCUUAGCAAAUUUUGUAGUUAUAAAUGUUAAUUGCUUGUAGGUUUACAGGGGUAUUUCAGCAAGAAGGCAAAUAUUUUGUAUACUCCAGUUAAUUAAUACAAAUAUUACUGUAAGUUUUUUUUUUUUUUUUUUGGAUGUGAAGGUGUUACAACUUUUUUUUUUUUUUUUUUUUUAAAUAGCUAAAGCAAGUGAACAAAUUAGGAGUCCUACCAAUUUUAUAAAGUUUCUUUAUUAAAAUGUUCACAGAUAUAUCAUGAGGAGGCCCUUCAGUAAACUGAGUUUUAGUUUGGGGGGGGGGGGGGACGGGGACGACUAGCUUCUUGUAAUUCAGUACUGAAAGAGGGAUCAUGCCAGAUGGGUGCUUUGGGGUUGGCUAAAGGUCAAAGUAUGAUUUUGAUUUUCUGCAUUCUUUGGUUGAGAAUGACUCAGUGAAUGAGCUAUUUAAAGCCCCAAAUAAUUUCUUAAAGUAAACAUGUUCCAAAUUUUAUAAGAUGAUCUUGGUGCAUCAUGUUAGAAAACAAAACAAAACAAAUAAAAACAACUCUCCACAAUUUAAGACAGACUUCAUAAGUAGAGAACAAACUUCACAGGAGUGGUUUAGCUUGUAGUUCCUUUUGGCAGGAAAGCAGCCUACGUGUUUACUCAAAUUGCAGGGGUGACCCUCUGAAAAUCAGGAAAAGUUACCAAAAUUUUCCUGUUUAUGUAUAUAGCAAUAAUGUCAUUUUGUACAAAUAAUUUAUGUACCCAAUUUACAAUUGCAUUUAAUGGAAAAGCUGAUGUACAUUAAAAAACAACAACAUAAUUUCAUAAAAUAAGUGAUGAAUUAUUUUGGGUCUUCCUAGGAGGCAUGCCAUCUUAACUUGCUGUUAGGCAUAGAAAGAUGACUACAAAAUCUCUGACUGUGUUUUUUCAGAAUACCCUGUACAAUGGUUUAAGAUGAUCUUUUAAGGAGAAAUGAUCCGUUGUAUAACACAGUAAUCAAUAUACAUAUCUGAUUGUUUUGGGAGGCUUGCAGAAUGGAUCUAACCUGGUUCAAGAGAUUGGCCCACAGUAAGACAAGACAAACUCAAAUCAACUCUACAGUGCCAUGGUACCUAAGCAACCAAUGAUCACACAGUUCAUAUCCACAGUCCAACAACAUUUGAUGUGACACUAUUAUUAUAUAUGUAAGAAAACAAACCAUUCUGUUUGAUAUAUUUACUCUGUGAAUUUGAAUCUAUCAUAUAUAUAUAUAUGUUUGCUAUUCAUUUUGAAGAUAGGUAGUAAAUUCCUAUAGUAUUUGAAUAUCAGUCCAUCUCCACAGCAACCACACUAAGAAAUGAAUGACCUUUCAUUGCUUUACCUCCUUCCUUCUGAAGGUAGGUAUGAUUCCUGUAUGGUAGGUAUGAUUUCUAUAUUUUCUUCAAACUGUAUAUUGAAAUCUAUUAAAUAAUGUGAAUAUGGUUCUACACUAAUAUUCAAAGACUCUACAGAAUUUGCAGGGAGCUAACAAUUCUAGUGGAGCAAUUUGUUUGAUUAGAAUAGUGCCUUAUGAAUAUCAUGGUUGUUUCCUGCCUGCUAUAGAAAUCCUUAGAAGCCCUUCAAAUCUCCAACACACUUCUGUCAAAUCAUUGAAGCUAUAUUAAAAGCAGUCUAAACUUGAGUUACAGAUAUCUGGAGUUCCCUCAUUAUGUAUGUGGUGAAGUUGCUAACUGUUUGUUUUUCACCCAGGUUUUCAAAGUCUCUGCUGUAAUGUUCAGUUUCCUCAGAAACAUGAAAAGAGGCCUUUUGAGGAGGUGGGAAGCUUUUUCAGAUGCCAAAUGCUACUAUUUUAGCUGGAAGCCACACCACAUUUAUAAUGAUUGCCUUGAUGUGUAGAGCAUUUAAGAAGUCUGAGUUUCUAUUAAAAUUCAAGAUGAAAAAUAAAGGCAAUGUAAAAAAAAAAAAAAAAAAAA